AUGCUUCUGUGGCUCGUCCUACUCGCAUUCUGUGCAGCACUGCUCCCACUUAUAGCGUUGCUGUGCCUGUGCAUCUACAUCUCAGCCUAUCGCUCCACCUCCCGUACCACCCGAUCGCAAUGCUUAGGUCGAAGCGCAGCGGUAGUUGUACUCGGCGACAUUGGUCGAUCCCCUCGAAUGUGUUUUCACGUCGAAUCACUAGCAAAUGAAGGUUGGAAAGUAGCUAUCGUAGGCUACCCCGGAUCCUCCCUUCCCCCCGCCCUCCACCGCCCUUCCAUCCGGCAACACCAUCUUCGACCCCCACCCUCGUUUAUCUCUCGUCUACCACGGAAACUUUUCAUCCUCGCAGCACCAGUCAAGCUUCUGAUUCAAUCUCUCUCGUUCUUUUUAGAGCUAACUAUGCAAGUUCAUCCCCCACCAGAGCUUGUACUAGUGCAAACCCCGCCAGCAUUGCCGACAUUAUUGGUGGUAAAAGCAGCAGCAGCACUGGUCAAAGCGAGGGUGAUAAUUGAUUGGCAUAAUCUAGCGUACACUAUUCUAGCCCUAAGAUUGGGGGAGAAGAGUAAAGUGGUGAGGUUGGCGGAGAAAUUCGAGAGAUGGAGUGGGAGAACAGCAUAUGCUCACUUGUUUGUUUCCGAGGCCAUGAGGAACCAUUUAGAUCUCAAAUGGGGGUUGGUUGGUGAGAAAAAGGUGUUGCAUGAUAGACCGCCGAGUCAUUUCCGUAGAGCGGAGCUGGGAGAAACACAUAGCCUCAUGUCUAGGCUGAUACCGGCACUGCAGCCUGGGUUAGGAGAGGCCUGGCUACCAGACUACCACCUUCCCGAGAGUACACCUUUCACGCGGGAGAAGAAGGAAGCAGAGGGUGGAUGGGAGAAGAGAGAAGACAGACCAGCUCUGGUAGUAAGCAGUACUUCCUGGACUGCAGAUGAAGAUUUUGGCCUUCUACUACGAGCUGCUAGGUUGUACGAGUACCGAGCAAGGGUGUUGAACGAUCAGAAAGCUGGGGUUGGGGGUCAUUCGAGAAGUAAUACUGGUGAAAAUAUAUCUUCUUCUCUCUCACCCUCCUCCACCUCGCAUUUCUCCUAUCCUCCAUCCCCUACCUAUGAAGUGGGAGUCCGCACCUCGAAAGAACGUCGUCGUCCGUCAUCCGGCCUUGUCCCCUCAACUCCCCACCUUCCCGACUAUCCGGCCACAACUCUCCCCCGCCUCUUGAUCAUCGUUACUGGUAAAGGCGAGCUUCGCGCACGCUACCUUUCCGAAAUCGCCCAUCUCGAACAAACCGAAAAAUGGCAGUUUGUACGCAUUCGAACAGCUUGGCUCGAAUCUUCUGAUUACCCCCUACUCCUCGGAUCCGCCGAGCUGGGUGUAUCGUUGCAUACAAGUAGCAGUGGCUUAGAUUUGCCGAUGAAGGUAGUUGACAUGUUGGGAUGUGGAUUGCCUGUAUGUGCACUGGAUUUUGCAUGUUUGGAUGAACUGGUGCGGGAGAGGUCGAAUGGAGUGGUUUUCAGGGAUGCGGAAGGUUUGGUCAAGGUUUGGGAGAGUUUAUUGGGCAGGUGGCCGGAAAGGGAUUGGUUGAGAGAUGGUGGGGGGUUGGAGUGUCCUUUUGAUCCGCCUACCUCCAACAGUACUCCGAGGACGGGAUUACUCGAAGUGACAAGAGCAGCAGGGGGAGGGGGAGGGGGAGUGGGAGGUGUGCCAAUGUCCCCCAACCCAAGUAUGACUCUUCUCCACUCGCCCGAGCCUGCACCGAGCACCAACGGCUUUUUCGAAGCGGGAAAAAGCCAGAGGAGUAGAAGAUCGACUUGGAGUGGGAACUGGAAACACGUUAUGCGACCUCUUCUCGAUCCACGAACUACUACUGACGAUCAAGAGGAGGGCAAGAUAGACUCACACCUGAAUCCGACGCGGUCGCGCAGUUCUGCGUUGGAGUUCCCCGGGCUGGCUAAUGGGGGAAGGCUUUUACAGCGUCGAACCAAGGGAUAUGCUCCUCUGCCGUCCAAGUAUGUAGUGCGCAAGGAUACUCUAGAGGAUGAUGAUGUGGACGAGUCUCCAGCUAGUGCCGGCUUCAAAUUCAUCCCUCAACCAGCCCUAAUCUCAGAGGGAGAGUCUCAAAAAGGUCUACGUCAACGAAAGUCUGUUUCUAAAACCGCUCCCACCACUGGUGAUGAUUUGAUCGACCUUAACAACUCCACCGAAGCCCCUUUCUACCUUGGAUCCUCAGCUGCUAAAGAAGGUUUACCGGCUAUUCAAGUCUCCCAUACAUCCCCCUAA